GUUUCUCUGCCUGCAGCCUCCUUCCUGUAGCCCGGUCGAGGAAGUGAAUUUCGCUGACAGGGCUGGGUUCAGUGAGGGUGAGGCGAAAACAAAAAAAACAUCUUCCGCUGGGGGGGUCAAAAACACAAGGCGACGAACAGCAAAACACCCGUGAGGAGCGAGGAGCGACUCGAUAAACCUGCAGCGAAGCUAAGGCGUCCAGACGUCGGUGAAUCCGUGCUCCCCUGCCCCGCUGAGACCGUCGCAGACAUGAGUGACCAGCAGCUAGACUGUGCUCUGGACCUGAUGAGGCGUCUACCGCCUCAGCAGAUCGAGAAGAACCUCAGUGACCUCAUUGACCUGGUGCCCAGUCUGUGUGAGGACCUCCUGUCCUCUGUGGACCAGCCCCUGAAGAUCGCCCGGGACAAGGUGGUGGGGAAAGACUAUCUGCUCUGUGAUUACAACCGAGACGGCGACUCCUACAGAUCCCCGUGGAGUAAUAAGUAUGAACCUCCCAUUGAAGAUGGUGCGAUGCCUUCAGCUCGCCUGAGGAAACUCGAGGUCGAAGCCAAUAACGCCUUUGACCAGUACAGAGACCUGUACUUUGAGGGUGGAGUGUCCUCUGUUUACCUCUGGGACUUGGAUCAUGGCUUCGCUGGAGUUAUUCUCAUCAAGAAGGCUGGGGACGGAUCCAAGAAAAUCAAAGGGUGCUGGGACUCCAUCCAUGUGGUGGAGGUGCAGGAGAAGUCCAGCGGUCGCACUGCUCACUACAAACUCACCUCCACUGUCAUGCUGUGGCUCCAGACAACCAAGACAGGCUCUGGCACCAUGAACCUGGGCGGCAGCCUCACAAGACAGAUGGAAAAAGACGAAACGGUUGGAGAAUCCUCACCCCACAUCGCCAACAUCGGCCGCCUCGUUGAAGAUAUGGAGAACAAGAUCCGCUCCACACUGAAUGAAAUCUACUUUGGGAAGACCAAGGACAUCGUCAACGGCUUAAGGAGUGUUCAGACUCUGGCUGACAAGUCAAAGCAGGAGGCUCUGAAGGUCGACCUGAUGGAGGCACUCAAACGCAAACAACACAGCUAGAGAUGCUACUGUCUAUUUUAUCUAGUUUAUCUUUCUUUCUGAUUUCUCUCACUCUCUCCGCCUCAUCUCUGCCAUCUUUUCUUUGUUUCUUUACGUCUCUCCCUCCAUGCCUGUUUCAGUGCUGCACUCUGGUUUAUUUGUGGGAAAAACAAAAAAAGGAGAAAAUGCUUAGCUUUUUAUUUGUUUUUGUUUUGUGAUAUUUUUUUUCUUUCUGUCUGGUUUUGUUUUCAUGCAUCUCAUCUGCCAUGAAGCCAUUCACUCCCUCUGUCCCCCUCUAUUCUAUGUCUUUUCUCCCCCAUGUUAUGGAUAUAAUGAUAGUAUUACCACGGUUAAUGAUAAUCUUACAGUGUGAGGGUCAUUGUUAUAAUAAUCUCUGAAGUUUUCACAGUUGAUGUGUCCCUAGUCACUUCGAAAUGAUCAACUUUGGCCCUGCUCUUCCUCCGUGGUGAGGAAACGGACAUAGACGGUGGUUAAGAGGCUGCCAUUAUUAUGUACAUCAAAUUUAUCUCUUGCACCUAUUUUGUCUAUGACAUCCCCCUGAUAUAUUUGUAUGAAAUUAUAACUGUCCAUGUAUAACUGUCAUGUUCUGGCCGUUGUAAACGGUGCCAACACGAGGGUGACCUUAAGUUUGCGUUUGAAGGUGGUGGUCUUUUUUGAUUUACCUUCCACUCUGUCCGCAUGCACGAGAGCCUGUGUGGGAGCAUGGGGCCGCAAUCAGUGAAAAUGUAGACGUAUCAAACAUGGGGGAUAGACUGUUCUAAUCACCGGGUACACCCUCGUCGUCAACCCAAUCCCCAACACUGUGUAUAACAUGACCGUUUGCCUGUCCUCUGUUCGGCUUACUCACCUCUUCUCUCUCCUCACCUACUACGUCUUUGUUGGGGGUCACAGUUUGUCUUUGUGUCUCUGUGGAAACCUUUCACUGUUUCCAUUUUGGAGGGGACUCUUUUGUUGUAUUUUUGUUCUGUUUUUAUUUUGUAAAGCUUAUGAUUCAUAUUGUAUUAGAGCCUCCAGCAACAAUAAAAAUGGUAAAAAGCU